UGAAACCCAGUGGGGAACCCCACCUCCCAGGGGCCUCUACCAGCAAGGAUCCCAGGCUGGGGUUUUUCAACCUCUCAGCACUGGGGUUGCACUUCCGCAAUGGGAAAUUACACUUCUAUUUUCUUUCCUGAAAGGAAAAAGGAAGAAGGCAGCGACACGGAUGAAUGAGGUGAUGCAUCACAUCCCUGCUCCACAGCCUUAACUGCCAGACUCACCCCGGCGCACACCACGUGCUCCUGAGAGCCCACAGCUGCGAUGUCAGGUGCAGACGGGCCCCUGGCAGUAAGGCUCCCGUCCAUGGAGACGGCCCUCACCGUCCUGCAUGUGAGCCUGCAUGACCCCGCCCAGAACCUGGACACCUUUGCCAACGUCCCACCGCAGCUGCAGCACGACACCAGCCCAGCUGCAGCUCCCCCGCUCUCCCGCCGACACCUGUUGCUGGAGCCGUACCGGGAGAAGGGCAGCACUCUGCUGACCUUCUGCCUGAAGGCCCUGAGCCGCAAGGGCUGUGUGUGGGGCAACGGGCUGACUCUGAGGUUCCUGGAGCAGGUUCCCCCGGGCAUGGUCAACAGGGUCACCUUCUCCGGCAUCCAGAUGGUUGUCCACAUAGAGGGAGGCACCUCCCUGGAGGCCUUUGUCUGCUGCUUCCAUCUCAGCCCCUCGCCCCUGGUUCACAGGCCCCAGGCUGAGGAGACUGAUGAAUGGGAAAGCACCUCCCACGGGAAACAGCCUCCUCCAAGUUCAGGGCAGUGGGCUCCGGGUCCCCGAGGGCUUCUCCAUGGCCCUUCCCUGCCAAGCCCUGGAGGAGGAGGAGAAACACAGUUCCAGAAGGAGCCCUCAGACACUGUGCCGUGCCAGCCCCACCGGCUGCCCAGAGCAAACCUUGGCCGUAAUAGGACUUGAACUCUUGGAGAGACAGCACGCAAGGCUGACAAGCAAGAGCUGCCUGGUGAUAGUGCAUGGAUUCUGCAAACACGGAAACCCUGGGGUGGGGGGGGCGCCCUCCACUGUUACAGCUAUGCAAGGUAAGGGGAACUUCAUACACUUUUAGAGGCCCUGAGGGGUUCUGAGAGCCUCUCUCAAGCCUUUCCCCACGUUUCCCUCCUCUCCUCUGCCUAGGACUUACUUUAUGUUGUUAAUUUCACCUGGCUCUUAAGAGCCGGAGUUUGAGGUUGCAUCAGGAAUGCAGGGACACAUGUAACAAUUACGUUUGUGGUAGCUCUGGGUUACCUUGGGCUUUCAAAUACCCACAGGCACUCGGGGCUUAGGGAAGCCUGUGUUUAAUAAACUGCAAGUAUUUCAUUAA